AUGUCAAGCGAGGUACACUCGCAAUGGAUACAAGUGCAGGAUCAUUUGCUCGAGCUUUCCCCGGUGGCAGAAAAGAUGCAGCGGCGAUGCAAUGCGCGAGCCGAGCUUGAGAACAUCAAGGAAGAACUCCGUUCUUUGAUACCUGGCGCACCAGAGGAGUGUCUCAGAGUAGCGCAAGAGAUGGUAGACAACAAGGCUGAAGGCUUUGAAGCUGUAAGCUCGCUGCUUGUCAAGGCGCAGACGCUUGAGCCCGUUGCAACGUAUGGAGCUAAGAUGGCGGAGAAGGUGACUCUGCUGCUCUCCAAGCUUGAUGCCGCCAAGAAGAUCAUCGACGCAGAGGUUGCGCCAGUCAUAGCGCCGUUGGCGCAGCAGCUGGAUGCCAAGCGGGCGCUGUCGGAAGCGGAGCGCCAGCAGCAAGAAGCCGCGGCGAGGGAAGCGGCUGAGAGAGAGGCGGCCGAGGCGGCCAGAAAGCCCUUGGAUGCGCUGAUGGAAGAGAACAGGAAGAGGAUGGAGGCUCAGCAAGCAGCAGAGGAAGCAGCUCGGCUGAAGCGUGAAGAAGACCUCCGAGCGGAACAGCAGGCUGAAGCUGAUCGCUUGGCGUCAGAGGAUGCUGUGCUGCGCAUGGAAAAGGAGUGCGAUCUAAAGAUCGCACAAUUGGGUGCCAACGCUGCAUGUGCUGAGGCCCUUUCAUCAAUGCUCGCAGCGUCUGUAGGUUCGUAUCGAGACAUCGUCGAAGGCCUGCAGUCCAUGAUCUCGUCAAUUGCCGCGGAGCCUGCAGAUGUCCGCCUGAGACUCAUCCGAAUUCGAAACGAGGAGUUCCAGCAGAGCUUGGGGCGGCAGCCGGGGGUUUGGCUCUUCCUGCGGGCAACUGGGUUCAAAGUCAUGGCGCGCGAGCAUUUGCCCGGAGACCUGGUGACAAUGCUGAGUCUUUCCUCUGGUCCGCCGAACGAGCGGUUCUUGUGGCUGACCGAGCCGGACAUGAUGAACGCCUACGAUGAGUGGAACCAGUGGCACAAGCGAAUGCUUGCCACAUCGAAUUUUCUGCAGGGCUUGGAGAAGGUGGCUUUCCAGCGGAUCGCACAUUUGGGCAGGCACGGCCAGGAUGUGAAGGCCAGCGAGGUGGAGGAGAAGAAUUUGCAGGAGUACCUUUGUCAGAAGCAGCACACAGUGGUUCUACAAGGGGCUGCGCACACUCUGCAGCAUACACUCGUGUCGGUGCCAACUACCAGUGCAGACGAUGGCUUCCUGCACUUUGGCGACAUGCUGAUGCUGCGGAAUGCUUGCACACGCGGCCUCCUGCAAGUCGAUGUUGGGCAAACCGCUGCCACAGAGGCUGGCUACGGAUUAUCCACGGGCAGUGUCAUAACCUCCUGCCCCAGGACCAACUUCACCGUUUGCAGGGUGGAUGACAACGAUCGCUUCGGCAGAGAUCACUAUGUCCACUACGGUCAGCUGAUCCGCCUUGGGACUCAUGAUGCUUUGCAUGAGCGGCCGCACUACGUUUUUGCCACUAGUGGGAGUGGAGACCAGGGCCCAGAAAUCAGCGUUCGCCCGCGGGCGGCAGCUGGGUCGCAUUGGCGGGUGGAACGGAUACGUGCCCAAAGUGGCGCGCAGAAUGGUAGUGCCAGGCUUGAGGAUGAGCCGUCAAAGGUGAAGCUUGGAGAUGUUGCACGUUUGGCCUGCCCAGCGUGCUUGCACUACGUUACGGAUGCUGGCCUGCCUGCACCCGAUGUGAAGAGCCUGAAGCAAUAUUCGCCCCAAGUGCAAGAUGAUUCCCUGUGCUCCUCCACGCAAGGCCCGCACUGUCGGCUUGUUGGUGGAUCAGCGCCGCCUGUGGUCGCCGAUGGUGCCGUGCAGGAAGCUGUUCGCUUGACACUGCUGAAGAGUGGAAGCGUUCCAGCAAUGCAGUUUGCGAAGGCCACCCGCGUGAGCUGCGGAGCUCACGAAGCUGAGACCUGCGCCGAGUGCCCUCAAGGCCGCGGGGAGCAGUGGUGUCACGGCGAAUGCGAAUGGCGCAAUGACUUCUGCGUGGCCAAGGGAGCCGGGCAAGAAGAUCUCAGGAAGCCGCAAGAGGACGUGUCGGUGAGCUGCGGACAGCAUCGAGCCCCAAGCUGCUCUGCGUGUCCGCAAGAUCAUGGAGCGCAAUGGUGCAACGGUGACUGUGUGUGGCAUGAGAAUGCCUGUGUCGCAAUCAAGACCUUGCCUCGACCGAAGACCGCGGCAAGCCUAGCCACGGGACAUGGGGAUCGACCAAAAGGUCCGUGA